AUGCCGUACAAAAUGGGAUCUGCACAACUCACCUGGGGAGACACUGCAGAUGCUGUUCUACAAAAGAGGAGACAAAACUGGGAGGGGGAAGGGGAGGACAGUCCAGAGGCAGCUGACACAAGAUGGCAGGACGGGGUAUCCAGAGUUCGAUUAUACAGGAAUAUCGCGAAAGAAGAUCAAGAGACAGCUUCCACGACAAUAGUGAAAAACGCUAAGAACGGAAUGCGUAGGAUCGAACGAAAGUGGAAUGGGGCGAAACUGAGAAGUAUCCGGGACGAAGCAAGCAAGCAUAAAACCGCAUGA